AAGCUGAAUUGUCACAUUCCAGGGCAGCUAACUUAACGCCAAUCUCGGAAAAUUUCCUAAAUUUGCUCGGCCGGCCCUACAAUUUUCUCAUAUUUACAGCUUUCAACCAUAAAAUCUCAGUGUUUUUAUUAUAGAUUUAUGUUAAAGAAUCAUUUAAGUAUAGGUAAAAAGAAAUAAUAGCAAGACGCAGUCUUGAUGUUCGCUAAAAAGGCAAAAAAUUGGAUUGCUAAUAAACUGUAAAGAUUAUUCGCGACGUCUGGAGUAGUGUCCAUAGCAUAUAUUUGUGUGCGGCGUGAAGAAACGGAAAAGGUGUUCGAUUAAACGACAUACGGGGAAAUCAAGAAAAAAGCAGAGAAAGCGAGUAGGCGAAUAUUGUUAUGAGUAUUGAAAACUCUAGAUUGGAUAAACGGAAAAUCGUUAUUGCAGUUAGUUCUUGAUAAAUUGCACAAAACAAAGUGGAAAUCAAAAAAUUGUCAACAAGAAUUUUCAAUUAUUAGACAAUUUUUCACAUGUACGAAUAUGCAAUCUGCGGGUGGAACUGGUAAAAUCAUCACAUGAUAGGUGAUGGUCCAAAAUUAUCCCGAACAUAUAGAAUAGUGCAAUUUACACGCCUGUGUGAAAAACAUUAAACGUAGUAAAUGUGUGUGCGUGGACAAAUAAUCGAACCCGAAGCCGUAGCGAAAAAAUCGAUUUGGUACAAAUAAAAAACUAUGAAAGUAGUAAUUGCAUGCAAAUUUUAAUAACAAUUGAAAAAUUAUAGUCACAUUCCUAUCAGAGGAGCAACAUCAUCAUAAGGAGAUGCAACAAUAACGUGAAAGUUUAUUCGAUUCGUUUAACAGACACAUAGUCGUUAGACCUGCUCCAAAUCUACGGUCAAUUGCCGACCCAAUGCGCUAAUAACGAAAGUAGAGCCGCCAGCUGUAACUGGACAUCUGCGACUACAGUAACAGUAGCAAAUGCAUUUCCAAAAGGCUAUGUGUUCAAAAAAUGCCCAGAAAUGCUGCAAAAAAAUUAAUUAACGACGAGGUGUGUCUUCCAAUACAAACAGCUAAAAUCGUAACAGAAACAAUAAUUCUUAUAAGCCCUGAGACCGAUAUACAGCAAAACAAUACACCAACAGAAAACACUAUAACACUACAACAACAAACACAAGAACAGUCAAACGAACAAUUAGAAUCAGAACAAAAACAAAGACAAGAGGAAGUUAAGAGCAGACGACAACGUAAAAAACGACGAGGCAGACAGAGAUCCAAGAAACGUAUUAUUCGUAAGACCAACGCUGGUCCAGAUAGUGCCAAACCAACAGCCGAAAUAAGUGACGAAGCUGCUAACAAAACACUCACCAAUACCCGAAAGUACGCGUCUAGAAAACGCUAUUCCCCACCAUAUUUUCCCACACUUUAUCCCAUUGUUAUCGAAACUUGCCCAGAAGCGGAAUUACAAAGUGUUAGCGCAAGCGGUAAAUCGGGUAUCACAGCAGCAGGUGGCACAAGCGCUGUUGUAGCGGGCAACGCUGUCGGUGUACCUCAGGCACGCCCACCAGUUGGCGCCGGUGGUAGACGUCAACUGCGUAGACGCAGAAGCGUCACCAAUUUUACCAAACGCAAGAAUAGAGCUAAAGCUAAAGCAGCGGCGGCAGUAGCAGCAGCUACCGCUCCAUCCUCUGCGCACAAAGUUUACGUUAAGAGCAAGGAAACUGUUGAGCGCCUAGCGAGCUUACGUAAUCGCAAGAAAUUAAAGGAGCGCAUUCAGGAGAAGAAGAAACAAAGCGCAUUCGGAAGAAGCAGUGGUGACCUGCGGGUGAAAAGACACGCAGCUUGGUUCAAUUUAGAUGAGGCGUUGCUGAACAAAAUCGAACCGCUAGAAGUAGAGGUGAAAAAAGGUGGUAGCAAGCGCAAACGCGACAGCAGUGUUGCAGCAGCACGCAAGCGCAACAGCAACACACAUAAACUCACACCGCCACCGGUGUUACACUUAUCGCCGACCAGUUUCGAUUUUGCUGCGCUCCAUUGCAUUGGCGUCCCGCCAGCGGCUGAGAUUAUCGCCACACCCAACACUGUUAUAGCGCCGGCAGCUGAUAGUCCAGCCAGCGCAAACCCACCGGCUGCAACAUCACCAUUUACAGUAACUGCAGAUUUAACUGGUAGAACAACGCCAACGGCCGUAACUGGUGCCGCAUCAACAACACCAGGUGCAACAGCAAGAACAACUUGCGUAACACCGGUAAGUAGCGGCAGCGUUAGAAAACGCCCACGCGGCAUAAUGUCGCUUUACGAGCGCCGCUACCAGACUGCAGACACGGACACGCGGGCCUCCGCGGGCGUUGUCACCAACGGUUAUCUUAGCUCGACGCGCACUUCUUCCGCGUCAUCCAGCGCCGUACAUUCGGAUACCGAUAAUACACAGGACAUCACACAACAAUACUAUAUGCCAGCGACAUCAGCUUCCAACAGUGGGCUCGCCGGCAGCGCCAACAGCAGCAGCAGCGCUAUAGUUGCCACAACUCAAUUAGGCAAUGGCAACACACUGAAUCACGCGCCUUCCAUGGCGACGCUCUGCAACAUCGGUAACACUUGCUACCUAAAUUCGGUGGUGUAUACAUUACGUUUCGCCCCGCAAUUUCUACACAACCUUCACCAUCUCAUAGUGGACUUGUCAAGCAUACAGCAGUGCAUUGCGCGUCAGCGCGCAGCCAAGUCUUCGUCACUGGGACGCGGCAUUAGCGCGGUGCAAUUGGAAAAUACGCGCAGUUUCAGCAGCAAAGACUUGGCAGCGCUCGAACAGAACGCGCUCAUGAGUACGAGCGGCUGUGGCGGCGGUAUCGGGCAAAAGAGCAGUCACCAAAUGCUCACUGAGCGCUUGCAUGAGCUCUAUCAGUGCUUGCACCGCAAUGAGGUGGCCGAAUCGACGGAGCCCUUUCACGCCGACACACUACUACAUGCUGUGCAGGAUGUGAAUGCGAUCUUUGAGGGCAACCAGCAACAGGACGCGCAUGAGUUUUUGAUGUGUCUGCUGAAUAGUAUACGGGAAACUUGUCAGUUGCUGAUUAAAGCGAUCGGCGAAUAUCCCGAUCUAAUAAUGAAUGGUUACAUACGCAAUCCCGACGAGUUGGAUGGCUAUGCUAGCGAACGCGACACACAAAGUGGCAUCACCGGUAACGCCAAUAGCAGUAAUGCGCUUGGUGCUGGUGGGUCUGCUGCUACCAGCGCUACCAAUUCAACGCUAUCUAGUCUAAGCGCAAGCAACAUAACGAAAGCGUCGUUCUUCUCGCGCAAGUCCAAGCGAAAAGACGAAUCGAAAAACUCCAAGAACACACGACUGCAGUCUCCACUCAAGGAUGGGCAAAGCGGCGCGGGCUUGCAGGCAACUGCAAACAGUCUCUUCUACUUGAAUUCAGUGGAUCUUAGCGGCGCGGCGUCAACCAACACCAACGCGCUGGCCGCAGCGAAUGCCACAUCGGCGAGCAGUCCCAGCGCUGUAGUGAAAGGUGUCGCGAUCUACACCACGGGCACUGAAUCCAGCAGUGAACUCUCAUCGCCGGUAAGCGCGUUGAAAGAUAAAGAGCGUUUGGCUGAGAAGAUACGCGAAUUGGGUUUGGACUUCUUUACCGAGGACUUCGAGGGUGUUACCAUCUCUACUACGAAGUGCUUGAGCUGUGAAACUGUGACGGAGCAGAAGGAGAGUAUGAUUGAUAUCGCGGUACCGGUGCCCAUUUCCGGCUACGAUUUAACCGACUAUGCAGACAAACCCAGCUCGUUUAUACAGAAUUCUUGUGUGACCCGUGAGUUUUUCCGUGGCGAGAAUAAAUAUCGUUGCGAACAGUGCACCGGCUACACCGAAGCAAUACGCUCCAUUUCGUAUGAAGUGCUGCCGCGUCUACUUGUCAUACAAUUGAGCCGCUUCUCCGGCGGCAUGGAGAAGAUAAACAGUUACAUACCCACAUCUUUCACAUUGCAAUGCUUCUGCGCGAAAUGCUGCAAACUCAGCGAUGCCAACAAGUUGCACAUCUACAAAUUGUACAGUGUGAUAACGCAUGUGGGCGCCACCAUGUCUGUAGGUCAUUACAUCGCCUACACUUGCUCACUCGACUGGGCCAAUGAGUAUGUGAAUUGCCCGAAAGAUCGACGCAACGUCAAUACCAAUAAUAGCUCACAGCAAAUGGGCGCCCAGGCAAACGGCUUAUCGAACAAUAGUCUCUACCCGCUGGCUGGCGCGGGCGGUUCGGCGGCAUCAGGCGGCGGCUCGACGCCCAACGAACGCAGCAGUCCCGGCAUACAAGCCGCCUCGGCAGCGAGCGCAGCCGCUUCGGUGCUCGCCUCGUCAGGCUCCAGUCUGAUGAAGAAGAUGAAGUUCGGCCGCAGCAAAGCGUCGAGCAGCGGUGAUAUGAGUAAGAAUAUGAAAAAUUUGAAUGGCAUCACCAGUAAAACGAUUACGAAUGGCAUUGGCAAGCUAAGUAUGAACACGACAUGUCAUAGUUUGACGUGUUGCGCGACGCGCAUUUGUAGCGUGCAACAGCAGCAGCAAUUGCAACAACAGCAGCAACAGCUGAGCGCCAGCAACAAUGAGUUGAGCGAGGAAACGCUACAGAAUGGCUCGAAUCAUGCGUCUUCCACCAUGAGCAUUAGUGGUAGCAGCAAUACCGGCGCCGGCGGCAAUGGCAGCGGCAGCGCCACUGGUAGCGCUGGCAGCAGCACAACCAGCGGCUAUAAUAGCUACCCAGUCGGUUAUGGCAGCACUGGACGCGGUGGCACCAAGGUCAGCACUCUUGGCGGUUAUGCAUCCAGUUGUGGCAGCCUGUCGGCGGCGGGUAGCAGCAAUGGCGAACCAAUCUGGUACAUGUGCGACGAUGAUAAAAUUAAAGCGAUGACACAACGUGAAUUCGAGGAAUUACUGUCUCCAGCGCGCAAAAUCACAGUGACGCCGUACCUGCUCUUCUAUGCGCGCUUCGAUUUGCAGACAUCGACGCCGUCUAGCGCUAAAUCCAACUCGAAUGCGCCGCAGCAGACCGCCUGGUCUAGUGAGAAUUUGACGCAGCAUCCAGUCGCCACAGCCGCAGCACUGCAUAAAAUGUGAGUAACGCUGAGUGAGUCGGCUCAACAGCAAAUGCAGCUACAGCAGCUGGACCAGCUAAUGGAUGCGGUGGCAUUGACGGCGCAUAUGCGCAAAUCCAGACAGCAUAGUUGUGCCCGUCGGCGCUGCAACUGCGAACAGGUAAUUUAAUUGGCGGUUGCGAUGGCGCGGGAGAAUGACAAACGCGCAGCGGCGAAACGUUAUGAGGUGAAGCGUAGGAGGCGUCGCGUGCCAGCAAGCAGCGACCGCAUUGUGGACAUGCGUUGUAAUGCUGGUUGUGAACGAAAAGGCUGCGCAACGGCCGCGUCAUCGUUGGCGAGUACACAUCAGCGUUUAUUCUUCACGCCUGCAUCUUUUCCCAUUGUGAUUGUGCUAAUUUUAAUUGUAAUUAUUAUAGCAAUUAUGCUUAUUUGUAUACCGUAUUAUUAUUAUCAGCGUUAUUUUAGUAAAAACACAUACUAACACACACACACUCACACCCACAGGCGCGCAUACAUUGCAGUGAGCAUUCAGUUUGUUAUGAUGGAUGCGCAAAUUAUGCUAAUUAAAUAACAUUUUCGCAUUUCACAAUUUCACUAAGCAAUUAAAUAUUAUUAUUGUACGUGGUAUACUAAUGAUAAGUGAUAUAUUUUUGUUAUAACCAUAGUCUUUAAUUACAUACACUUCUUCUCUAGGUAAAUAGCUAAGCGAUUUUGGAUUUAAUUUCAUAUUUUCAGCCAGACAAGCAGGCAAAUCUGUUUGCUGCGUUUACUUUUACAUUUAAGUUACGCCAACCUGAGCGUGUAAGCAGCGUCCAGUCGUCGCUCGCAUAGCUAAACAUAUAUAAUGUAUUUACAUAUUUACCGUUUUAAUUUUUCACUUAAACACUCAUUGAUAAAUAAUAUAUAUAACCGUUCAACGCAUUAAUUCGGUUUGCUUAUGUUGGAAAAUCGGCUUCCUAUCAACAGCUGGACUAGUAAAUGUUAUUAAAAUUGCAUGCAUUUAGGCGCUGGGCAUCUUCUUGACAAAUUACAAUUGUUCAUUUGUGUUUUUUUUUUGAUGUUGUUGUUAUUGUUGUGACAACAUGAAACGUUGCCCAGAUGAAUUCGCGGCGGGCUGGUGAGCUGCCGACCAUAGCCGUGUAAAACACCGAGUCCAUUCUGGUUUUGUAGACCCGAUUGACUUAUUAUUAUUAUUUUUCCGGCAAUUAGGCUCACCGCAUAUUUAGUUUAUUUUUUUUCAUAGCGCACUCACAUCAGUAUUUCAGAAUGCAUACGAUUUUUUAAACCUACUUUUAUUGCAGUUCUAGUCUUACAGCGCCUACUAAGUGCGUUGAAGAAUUGUAAAUUUCACUACUUUUCAUUCUUUGCAUACAAAAAGCGACAAAGUGUUAAAAUUACACGAAAUCGCUUAAUUAAAUUAUACAAAGUAUUUCCAUAUGAAAAUAAAAACUUUAUUUUAUUAUAUAAAAAAAAACAUGUUUGUUAAAAUAAAUGAAACAAGAAAACAAAAACAAAUUGACUGAUUCCUCCCAUUUAUACAUAUUCUUACGAACCUAAAGGCAAUGCAAGAAAUUAAAAUUAAAAAAAAAAAACUAAUCAAUAUAAACCCGAUUGGCGCAUUAAAAAUUAAGUUUCUAUGUUUACAAAAGCAAAAAAAAAAAUACUACUUAAAAAGCCUUAGGCUUGUUUGUAUUUUACAACUAAUCGAUAAGUUAUGUUAUAGAGAGCUGUUAAGAAAUAAGUGAGGCAAAAAUAACAACAAAAAAAUAUUACAAACAAAUGUUAAUUAUUAAGCAAAUUUCAAAAAUAAAGAAACAGCAUUAUUAACUAACGAGAAGUUUGAACGUUUGUAAAAGUCUAUUGUUAAACUUAAAACGAAAAAAAGGAUUUUCCAUAUACAUAUAUAUUAAUUUUUUAAAUUUAUGCUUUCUCAUUUUACAAAGAAGUACAUUUUACAUAUAAAUUUUAUUAUUUAAACAAAGUUAAUAAGUACUAACUGUGAAGUCACAAUAAAAUGCUUUUGGUCGCAAAUCUAGUAAAUAAGCAUUUCAACAAAUAUUUCUUAUUAAAUUUAUUUUCUUUAUUAUUAUUUAGUUCUUAAUAUUAUAAUAAUAAAGUUAUUCUUUCCUUAUUUUUUCUUUAUUGUUUUUUUUUUUAUUAUUUAUUACUGUUAAUUUUUUAUUAAUAUUAUUUAUUAUUAUUAUUAUUUAAUAUUAUUAUUAUUUUUUAUUACAUCUCAGUUGUUUUUAUUUUUCUUUGUUGUUUUUAUUAAUUUUUUGUUUAUUGUUAUCUUCUCUUUUCAUUUAUUUUUAUAUAGUUUUUUGUAGUUGUUAUUAAAUUCAUUCCGGUGCCACUCUCUAAAUUUGUUCGCUGUAGUUAAGCGGCUACAAAAUUAGUAUUGCCUUUGUUGGGUUUAAAAAUAAAUUUUUAUUAACUGAUCGAUGCAGUAUUGUGAAGUUCUUUUCGUAGCCUACUUUUAGGGGUAGCGUCAAUAAUUUUGAUCGAGUAAUUUAUCCAAUUGUAUAUUUCUUUUUAAUUUAAUAUAUUUUCCUUAUUUUUUAUUAUAUCUUUUUGUUGCCUCUUAUUUUAUUAUAUUUUUUGUAAUUUUUUUAGUCUAGUUUAAAGUUUUUUUUUUACUUAAUUUUUUCCCCCUAAUAUAUGUACAUUUUUUUUAGAGAUUUAUUUUAUUUUUUAAAUAUCUCUUGUAUAUUUUUUGGUAUAUUUAAUACUUUUAUAUAUUAAUAAUAAUAAAAUGUAUAAAUGUUGUUUAAUUUUAUAUUUUUUAUAUCUUUAUAUUUUCUUGUAACGACGUAUUCAAUUUUGGUCAUUUAGUUACAAAUGCAAUAUUUAUGUUUUCUAAUUUCACUUGGCAUCCAUUGCUGAUUCCGUUUGACUCAUUUUCAGGCAAUGUUGUAAAUUUAAUUGAGUUGAUUAAUAAAAAAUAAUUAUAAACAAACACAUGAAAAUUUUGAUUUGUUUAUAAUUACCAUCAUUUGAGUUUCACUUUAUUAAUAAUUUUUUUUUAAUAAUUGAAUAAUCUAGAGCAUUAUAUCAUAGCAAGCAAUUAGAAAUUCCGAAUAAAUAAAAAAAAAAUAAUUUAAAAAAAUACAUAAAAAAAAUCGUAUACGGAGAAUAAAAUUUGAAGUGUUUAAGAAACAAUUACAUUUAUACAAAUAAUGGCCUAUUCACAUAAUUUAAAAACACAGUUUGAAAAACAUAAUUUUACAGAAAAAAAAACAAAAAGAAAAUUAAAAUAAUUUCAUAAAUCAAAAAAAUUCAGAAAAAAUUAAAACAGAAAAUACAAAUUUGGCAAAAAUUUACAUUUCUCAAAAAUAUGUCUUAUUUAUUACUAAACUUUAUUUUAAGCCUAAAAUAUUUAAUGAAAAGAUAAUUUUUUGUUUUGAAGAAUGCAAGUUGCAUAUUAUAUAUAUUUAUUUAAUUAAUAUAUACGUAACUUAGCUAUGUAAUAUGAAAUAAUUAUGUAAAAUAUUUUAAUUCAAGAAAAACAAACGUUUAUUCGCCAUAACCAAAAAAAGAAAACCUCCCAAAUGUCAACUUUUAGGAACUUUGCGGAAACUCAGUAUUUUAUUGAAAACUUUUACAUUCUUCAUUAUUUUUUUUAUAAAGUGAAAUCUCUGUUUGGUUAAAAGUCAAAUAAUAUUAAAACAUGUAUUUAAAAAAAAAAAUUAAUAUAAUUUUAAGAUUUGUGCUGUAUUUUUUUAUUUUAAUUAUUUUUGCAUUUUUCUUAAGUAUGUAUGUAUGUAUAUAAUUUUAUUUUUUUCCAAUACUGAUUUUCUUAACUAAAGCUAGUUAAAACUGUUUCAAACCAUUAUUUGUAUUAUGCGUGAUAUUUUAUAAAAAUUGCUUUCGUGUUACAUGCUUUCAAUUUUUUCUAGUUCGUUCAUAUUUUUUUUGUUUUCUACAUUUUUUAAUUUAUUCUAUUUUAUUUUUUUUUGUUAUAUUAUAUUUUUCUAUUAAUUUUUUGUAUUUAUUUUUUAUACUUAUUUUUCAUAUUAAUUUUUUGUAUUUAUUUUUUAUAUUAUUUUUUAUUACUUUUCAGUUUAUAUUAUUAUUGUUUUUUUUUAGCUUCGAUGUUGUUGACAUUUAAACUAAGCAAACUUUUCGUUCUAUUAAAUAUACUACGAAUUUAAAGCGCUGAUCCGAAACAAUUAUGAAAUCAAUUGUGUAAGAAAAAAAUCAUUACAGUUUAAAAAAGAGAAUUUUACAGCUGAAAAGCAUUUAUACAUACACAAAGCUUAUAUAUGUACAUGCUGCAUUAUUGUAAAUAUACAUAUAAAAUAAACGUAAAAAAGGUUAUAACAACAAAAAAGUUUGAAAAAAUCUAUAAUUGUUAUAAGCAACCAUAAAUACACUUGCAAAUUGAAAGGCCUAAAAUAGAUACUAAGUGAAAAGCUCCACAACUUUACAAAGCCUAUGCACAUGCACAUACAUGCAAACAUAAAUAUGUAAAAUGAAGCUAACAGGCAACCAUAACUACCAUAUAUAUUUGUUUUCCAUGAAAUAUUACAUAAAAAUAUAUUUAAAAAAGUUACAUGUAAAAGUUAAAUCUAAUAAAAUUAGAAAAAUAUAGUAAAAAAGUAAAGAAUACAAUCUGUAAAAACACAACAACAACAAAUUGCAACCGAAAAUAGCUGAACAUAAAAAAGCAACUAAAAAAAAUUAUGAAAAAUUGAAAUUGAACUUCUAUCGAAUACCUACUACAUACACACAUAAAUAUUUACAAACAUAUGUAUGUAUAUGAAUGUUAUGUUAUGCAAAAUGGAUUAAAAAUAAAAAUGUAUAAACUUUCAUACAUACAUAUGUACAUAUUAUUGCAAUAAAUAUUGAGGGCAACAAAAGCAAAGCAGAGAACUGAGUGAAAAAAACUUUAGAAGAAGCUUCUAGAAGAUCCAUUUGCUUAUUUCAAAACAUAUUGUUUUAUAUUUAAACUUAAAAUUAAAAUGAUGUAAAAUUAUACGGAAAUAUUUUUUUGCAAUUCAUUUGCAUACUUUUAGGCUGUUAUGAAAUAUAAUUUUAAAUUACAUUUGCUUGGCUUAAACACUGCGUACACUCGGCAUAUCAGUAUACUGCGCUGGGAUAAGUGUUUUGAAAUAAUGUAAAUCCAUAUUUGUUAAAAAGUUUGCUUUUUAGGUUAGAAUGAUUUUUUUUUUAAUUUAGUAGAAAAAAAGUAAAAUUCUUUACCAAAAUAUAAGGUUUUUAUAAGCGUGUAUAACGCCUUUUAAAUGGUAGUUAUAAAUUUUAUUUUGUUUUUGAAGCUUUUAAAGCUUUAUUGGAGCGAAAUUUCGGAAAAAGCUUGAAAUAAAACUGCAUACAUCAUGAUUCUAUUAUAUAAGGCUGUGUCGAUAGGCCAAAAACAUCACCUUUGGAAUCCAUUACGGAUAUUACAUGAUCGGGCGUUUUCUUUUGUAUUGUUUAUUUGUUUUUAUGUGAUUCAAAGACUUUAAUAAUGCGUUUUUUGGGUGAUAACUGAAUACCAAUAGAUUGUAAAUAACACAAAUAACACAUCAAAAUGUAAACAGAAAAUUCAUGCGAAAAAUAAAAAUCUGACCUUGAAAUUCUAGUUUAAAAUACUUUUCCGUAAGAGGAAGUAUGCUUCGUAGCGACACAACCUUAUAUACUUGAAUAUGACAUAUACACACUCGUGGCCACGCAAACCUUACCACUAUAUUCUUAACCUUUUUCGGACUUUUUCGUUCGUUUCGGAUUUUCUUCAAAUUUUUUUUAUGUUUUUAGUAAGUAUAGGUAAACUAAAUUAUAUUAUCUAAUUAUAAUUAUACGUAGUUUUUAAUUUACUACGUUUAAUGAGUAAAACAUAAAUUAGCUUCUCUGUGCUUAUACAAAAGCGGCCGAUUUUUUGUUCUUUAAAUGAUAGUGUAAAGUUCACUGUCUUUCAAUUGAUUUAUCUGUAGCUGAAUGUGUUUUGUUUUUAAUUUUUUUGAUUAAUAACAUGUCAUUAACUUAUUUCUUAAUCAAAAGUUUCUACACCACAAAAACUACCGCUAUAAAAUGUAGUCAAAUAUUCACAAUACUUGAAAAUUUUGAUAGGUAAGGUUUGCGUGGCCACGAGUGUAUGCAUAUACGGUUCUGCAUUUCGAGUCUUUCUUCUUCGUUCUUAUUCAUUAUUAUAUAAAUAAUAAAAAAAAUAUUUUUCUCUAUUAUUGCCUAGUAAAUAACAUGAAAUAGAAAUAUUUCGCUGAAAAUCAUACUCGCAAAAUUAUCAAAAUGCAAAAGAAAAAGCAGUACAUCGAAUAGGAACACACACUUUUUUUAGUUAUCUUCCAUAACCCAAAAAAAAUCUUGUUACAUAUACAUACAUACAUAAAAUACAACAAUAUUGUAAUACAUACAUAUGAGAUACUAAGUAAUAGUAAAAACAAAAGCUAAGCUCUGUUAUUAGAAAUCGUAAUUAAGCAAAGCAUUACAAAUGAAAGCUGAAAUAUUUAAGAAAAUUUAUUAGACCAAGUCAAUGCUGAAGGCAAAACAAAAAAAAAAAAACAA